GUCCAAAGCCCACUCUAAAAAUCAAGUCUACUUUCCCAGUCGGCCAGCCAAUGUAUCGACUGCAGUUGUGUACAGCGUUGAUUUGUCCUCUCUGCGGCACCACCACUGCAAGUCUCCCAGUGGAGAUUGGCUGCAUCAUUGAAGGCUGUCUGUAUGCUGCCGAUAAGGACAGAAAGUACUGUACACACAGACAUACAUACAGUACAACGCUACAGGUUCCCGUCCCCCGUCCCCCGUCCCCCGUCUCCCAUCCAUCAUCCUACAUACUUCAACCAUUCAACUUCUUUAAUUCAACUAAUCAUGGUGUGUGGUGUGCUUGUUGACUAUCAUCGCACAAGCUAAUAGGAGGAGACAGUCAUCUUGGACGCUUAACCGCCCUUCAUAUAUGUCCCCUUUACCCCAUACUCAACAAGCUAAUGCCCCGUCCAUGUCCAAGGGUGAUGAUGUUCUGGCCUGCCGGUUUAGACCAUUGAACUAUAUUAAAUACUCUGGAUCGAUAAGUCCAAAAAGGCACUGUCAAUCCUGCAUAUCCCGCUCCACUAGUGAUGGAGCAAUGAGUCUGCUUCCACCCUCUUUGUCGUCUAUCCUUGAUUGAUGGGAUUCUACACAGAAAGGAUC